AUGACUGCAGAAUCUCCCCCCGCACCUGCGCCUACCACCGCUGCCGGCCCUCCAGCCGAGCUGACGCCGCCCUUCCACCACAUCCCAGGUCUGCCGAAUUUUAGAGACAUUGGAGGUUACGCCGCGGCAGUGGGAGCAGAUGACGCAGACGCAGCCGGCCAGCAGGAGCAGCAGCACCACCACGAUCGUGGGCAAAAGCUGUUCAAGCGAAAUCUGGUCUUCCGGGCAUCGGAGCCGUCCAAGCUGACUGACGAGGGCGUGGCAAGGCUGCAGGACCUGGGCAUCACGCACGUGUUUGACCUCCGCUCUGCUGACGAGUUGAAGCCCCGCGAGGGCUGGGUCGGUUGCAAAAUCAGGGAGUGGGAUCGCGCGCAGAGGGUGUUUGCGCCAGUCUUUAGUGAUGAGGAUUACAGCCCCGAGGCCAUAGCCAAGAGGUGGGGUCAGUUUAGCGAGGGGACGACGGGCUUCGUCCUCGCCUACGAGCGCAUCCUAGAGGCCGGCGCGGAUGCGAACAGCCCCUAUGCGCCCUUCCGCACCAUCCUCGCCCACCUAGCCAGCGAGGAGGAGCCGACGCCCAUCAUGGUCCACUGCAGCGCGGGCAAGGACCGGACGGGCGUCAUCUGCGCCCUGCUGCUCAGCCUGGCGGGCGUCGAGGACGAAGUCGUCGCGCACGAGUACAGCCUGACAGAGGUCGGGCUGGGUCACCGCAAGCAGGAGUUCAUCGAGGCGCUCGUCAAAGCCGGGCCCCUCAAGGGCCAGAGGGACAAGGCCGAGAGGAUGGUCGGCGCGCGGAAAGAAGCUAUGCUCGCCACAUUGACCAUGAUACGUGCAAAGUACGGCUCGGUCGAGCGUUACGCCACCGAGUGCUGCGGCUUGUCCGCGGAAGCGCUUCAGCGACUACGGAAAAACAUCCUUGUGGAUGUCGAGAGCAGCGGCGAGCAGCCACUGGACUGGAGGAAGCAUGCCGAGUAUGUGGCGUCUUUACCUUGA